CUCCUCCGACACCAAACAACACACUCGCCAUAGUCAAUACAAGCUUCAAUAGUAUAUACUAUUGAAUCUGGAGCUUCGUCUCCUUUUCUUCCAUCUGUUGACCCUCUCAAACCACCACCGUGGAGGCCACAUCGGCGCGAAUGGCCGCCAGGGACCGCCUCGGCGGUCUCGGCGACCCUUCUCCCUCUGUCUUGCAGCGCUUCAUUCAGAAUGCCUGCGAUCCUCAGAACUAUGAGCCGAACCUGGCCCUGGACCUUGAGAUUGCCGACCUUAUUAAUUCCAAGAAGGGCAAUGCUCCUCGAGAAGCUGCUGUAGCAAUUGUUCAUUUCAUCAAUCACCGCAACCCCAAUGUGUCAUUGCUUGCGCUGACGCUUCUCGAUAUCUGCGUCAAAAACUGCGGCUACCCGUUCCACCUUCAGAUCAGCACAAAAGAGUUUCUCAAUGAGCUCGUCCGUCGCUUCCCGGAGCGCCCACCCAUGCGCCCUACCAAGGUCCAGCUGCGGAUUCUGGAGGCCAUUGAGGAAUGGCGUCAGACAAUAUGUCAGACCUCACGCUACAAGGAGGAUCUCGGCUUCAUCAGGGACAUGCAUCGGUUGUUGAGCUACAAGGGGUACAUGUUCCCAGAAGUACGAAAGGAAGAUGCUGCAGUGCUCAAUCCUAGCGAUAAUCUUCGGUCUGCCGAGGAGAUGGAAGAGGAAGAACGAGCAGCUCAGUCCGCCAAGCUCCAGGAGUUGAUCAGAAGAGGCACACCUGCGGACCUCCAGGAGGCUAACAAGCUCAUGAAAGUCAUGGCAGGAUAUGAUACACGGAAUAAGACUGAUUAUCGGGCAAAAGCUGCGGAAGAAGUGGGCAAGAUUCAGGAAAAAGCAAGGCUGCUGGAAGAUAUGCUGCAGCAGUAUCGAGAGGGUGAUGCUAUCCGGGAAGGCGAUGUCUUUGAGGAGCUUUCGACUGCGCUCUCAAGCGCACAACCCAAGAUUCAAAAGAUGUGCGAAGAGGAAUCAGACGACACAGAAGCCGUGGCCAAGCUCUUGGAGAUUAACGACAGCAUACACAGAACCAUUGAGCGCUACAAGCUGAUCAAAAAGGGCGAUCUCUCUGGCGCUUCCAAGAUACCCAAAGGAACAUUGGGAACCACGACUGGAGUCAGCAAAAACGCAGAAAACGAGCUCUCUUUGAUCGAUCUCGGAGGGCCCGAGCCUGCUCCCGCUCCCGCUCCCGCUCCUGCUCCCGUACCUUUCGCCUCUACAUCUGGCAGUUCUGCUCCUGUAUCGACAGAUGCUCCCAAAGCCGGGGGUCUUGAGGAUGACUUGCUUGGUCUCUCCUUUCAGGACAGCAGCUAUGGUCAAGGAGGUGGCAUCUCUCUUGGCCUGGGUGGAGCCCCAAGUUCUACAUUGCCCACAUUUGCAUCCCCCCAGCAAACUCCUCUUCAAGCUUUGACACCAACCCUUUCUCCACCGCCCCCACCACCGCCGCAAGCAACAAAACCCAACUAUGAUGCAUUUGCAGCGUUAUCUAGCCUAGGAUCGAGCUCGCAAACCGCCACCCCUCCGCCUGCUCUGUCCCAGCAGCCACCCGCACCUCAGCCGCGAGCUGCUGCUGACCCAUUCGCAAGCCUCACCUCCUCUUCUCAGCGACAGGACUCGCCCUUCCAGUUCCAACAGCACACAUCUGCUACACCUUCAGGGUUCGGGUUUGGCCAGCCUGCCGCUCCGGCGCCUGUACAGCCCACCUCGGCAGCCGCUGAUGACGAAUGGACCUUCUCGUCAGCUCUGCCCGAUCAGCCUGAAACGAAGGAGGUCCUGGUGCUCAACUCGGGCCUUCAAGUUGUGCUAGCCGUUUCUCGACCAGCUGGACAAAAUCCAACGUUGGAAAUUCUUGCUAGGUUCUCCAACAAUUCUGCUCAGGCACUUUCCGAUCUCACUUUCCAAGUUGCUGUCACAAGGGGCUACUCGCUCAAGCUGGAACCCCAGUCCGGACGGUCAAUGCAGCCACAUCAGCGCAACGGGAUUACUCAAUCCAUCCAUCUGAAUGGUGUAGAACGGGGCAAGGGCAAUACGGUCAAGCUACGGUGGAAAGCGUCGUAUCGGGAAGGAAUUGAGUUUCGCGAAGAGCAAGGAGAAAUCCCAUCGUUGGGUGUAGCCUGAGAUACCCGUGCUAAACUACACUUUUUGCGGGCUUAUUUUGCGUUAGAGAAUUUCUCCUCAUCUGCACCUGUUGCAUAUCAUUCUUCAUUAGUAGUUUUGUAGUUGAAGAUGUAAAUUAAGCAUUUCCCCUUUUUCAUGGCAGCACUAAUUCCGCAUUCGUAGCAGGGGUUUGUGCGCAAACUACGCCCCCACCGAAUGAUCAUGGGUGGGUGUUUAAUUAAUCAUUUCUGUUCGUAGGAUGUC